AUGCGAAUAUGGUGUAUUCCCGCCUCUACCGUUCUUGACAACAGCACUCCUCUCCUACCUCCCCGGAUAGAUAGAGAUGUAUUUUAUCGAUCCCCUCCUCCACCUCCCAGGCUUUCCAGACAACAGAAGCUGGACAGAGGGGUGAUUGUGCUUAAACCAAAGAAGAAUCGACUGAAGAAGGUCGAGAUCAAGCAGAAGGUUGAAGCGCCAAAGAAGAGGGUGCGAAAAGUGCGUUAUGCGGAUCAAGAGCAGUUCUGGGUAACUCCAGAGGUGAAACCCGCCCAGAAAGUUAAAGAAUCUAUAGAGGAGGAUAAGAAGGAGAAGGAUGAGGAUGUGUUCUGUGAUAUUUGUUGCUUCCAAGACCGGUGUACGCAUGAAGAGGUUUGGAGGCAACGAGCUGAAGAUCUUCUUCAGAAACAGGAAAUCCAAAGGCCUCCAUCCAGAGGAACCGAGGUUAUCCAUUCCCGUCAGCAGUCAAAUACAAGUGGAACUUCUUCUUGUCUUACCCUUGGGAGUAGUCUAACUACUCCAUCAAGUCAUGCUUCACCAUCUUCAGGGGCCUACAAUCAGAAUUUUGGCCUCAAUGAUGAGUAUGGUAACCUCAGCUUUGAUCGUAUUAACCUCCAUGCAGAUGACCACAAUAACCUCAAUAGUAAGCAACAUGACCUCAGCUACAACCAAAUUGAUCCUGGUUACAGUUCCUCUUCUGGCUGUGGGUCUUCAGAAUAUGGAACACCAUCUCCACAUGCGGAUACCUCUUCCAGCCUCCAAAGGUCCUCAAGACCUCGUCCAAGAACCAGGAUUAAAAAAACCAACUCAUCAACCAUUAGUUUUACAAUGGCCGGUCUUCUGCGCGGCAAGCAGGAAAUCCUGCUGACGGAAACCGGUUUCCGGAGUCAUACGGCUGACCGGAGCUCCGACUGUGAUAAUAUAAUCCUGCAUCCGGGCACUAGUCGGCUCCGGGAGCGGAGAACUAAAGUGAAACAGAAGAAAAAAGAAGCCUUGUUACAACACAGACCUCUGCCUGAUGUUCCAUCUUCUACCGGAUGGACGAGUAGGGAGAAUCUAUUGGUAGGUCUGGAGGUAGAUGGAGAUGGUGAAGAGGAUCCUCAACUGUUUGUUGCUCUCUAUGAUUUCUUCUCCGGUGGGGAAAACCAGCUUAGUCUUAAGAAGGGGGAACAGGUUCGAAUCCUCUCGUACAACAAAUCUGGAGAGUGGUGCGAAGCGCACAGCGUGCAUGGGAGUGUUGGCUGGGUGCCCAGCAACUAUGUGACCCCGGUCAACUCACUUGAAAAACAUUCCUGGUACCACGGACCUAUCUCGAGGUCUAUAUCUCUACGGUAUGAUGGUAGAGUAUACCACUAUAGAAUACAGCAUGGCACUGAGGAUAGUCAGUAUUUUGUUACUGCUGAAUCCAGAUUUCCUACUCUAGCUGAACUAGUUCAUCAUCAUUCCUUACACUCCGACGGAUUAAUUACUCAGUUGCUGUAUCCGGCUCCGAAGAGAAAUAAACCCGCAAUAUUCGCCUUUAGUCCGGAAACCGACGAGUGGGAGAUGGACAGGACGGAUAUUGUGAUGAAACAUAAGCUAGGAGGAGGACAGUAUGGGGAUGUGUAUGAAGCUAUCUGGAAGAUUCAUAACGCAACCAUAGCAGUCAAAACACUAAGGGAGGAUACAAUGAAACUAUCCGAGUUCCUUGAGGAAGCAGCAAUCAUGAAGGAGAUGAAACAUCCUAAUCUAGUCCAG